GAUCCAUGAUUUCCGGCGAAUUCAAAAGUUUUUUACACUAGGCUACUUCUACUUCUAACAGUUACACCACCGUCAUUAGUUUCACUAUCCUGUCACUGUUUCGAAAGCUGAGAGCUGAAGCUCUUUGGCUAGUUUUUCAAGUUGUUAUGGUUGUAGCAGAUGCAGAUAGUCCUGGCCCAGUCAGGAAAAGAGCCAAGUUAUCAUUGAAAUUUCUUAAAAGAGGUUCAACUGAUUCAACAACCAAUACCCCAACAUCAGUCAGUGAGAAGAAAGAGCCUUUGAUUGCAAGGGAAGUAAGGGAUGACAUAACAGAGAAGAAUGUUUCUUUUGAUGGAGAUACCAGCAUUACUGAAAGUUCUGUAGUUCCUGCUGUUUCAUCUUUAGAAAAUUUAGGUAAUACCUGUUUUCUGAACAGUGUCCUACAGAUACUCAGAUUUACACCAAGAUUUCUUGACAGAUUAGAUGAUUUAUACCAAGAACUAUUACAAACUGAAAAGUUACAGAAACAAGAUAAACAGCGAAAGGGAGAUGAAGAUGAAGACUAUAAAACACCACAGACCUGUGAACUUGUCAAAUAUUUGUACAAGUUGUACAGAACUAUGGAACGACAAGAGGAAAAACACCAUGAUAUUGCUACAGAAGAUGUUAUGUCUAUGGCAAUCAAACCAGAGAAAAUUUUGGGUGCAAUCAGGGAGCUGAAUCCAAUGUUUGAGGGAAGCUUACAACAUGAUGCCCAGGAAUUAUUGAGAUGCAUCCUAUGUUAUCUACAAGAUGCAGAAAAGGAAACUUUAAAAUUAAAGAAUUCUAUUCAACCAGUGACAUUACCAAAUACCACCAAACUAAUUAAUCCCAUAAUGCAAAGUUUUAUAUCAGCAGGAAAAGAAGAGAAGUCAAAAAGGGACUGUUCCAUUUCUCAUUCUGAAAAUAUCAGCCAAGAUUUAUUUCAUAGACCUUUUAUCUCCACAGAAGAAAAUUGCAAUAAAACAGAUUUACUUGAACAAAUUGAUGAAAGUGAAAGUGCUAUGACUGGAGGGAGUGUUGAAAUUAUCUCCCCUGAAAAAAUGCCAGAAUGUCAAAUUGCAGACAUACCUCUUGAAACCAAAGGAUCUGAUUGUAUAAGUAUUAAAAGACAGAGAAAAAAGAACUCAGUGGUCAAUGCAAAUAGUGAAAAUAUUAUGUGUGAUGGGAAAGAAAAUGGUGUAGUAUGCAUCUCUGACAUUUCAGGGGAAAAUGACUUACAGAAAGAUAACCAGCUAUCUGUAAUGGCUAUGUUAAAAGGAAGUGCUAGUUGUAAGAGAUUGGGUAUGAGGGGAGCAGUGCUGAAGAACAGAAUGAAUAUAAACAAUAGCAACACCACCGAGGACAAUCUCAUAUCAAAUCAAGAAAGAGAACUAUUGUCCUGUAUUGAUGAGAUGCAUGGCACUGGAUACACAUUGGAAACAAAUGAAAAUUUAAGUCAUAAAACAAAUUCUUGUAAUGGAGAAAAGUUUAAAGAAAGUGCUUCACCUUCCAAAUAUUCUUGCAUCAGAAAACCUCUAAGUAAUGGGUUAUCAGAUGCAAAAAUUUCACCAUUAUCUGAAGGGUCUGUUAAUUUAAAAAAUACACCGCUGAAAAAUGGACUUUUGAAUUUAAAGAAUUCACCUCUGAAAAAGGGAAUGCCUGUUGUUAAACUUGAAAAUUGUGACCAUGUUUGUGAUAGUCCUAAAAAAUCUGUCAGUGCAGCAUACGCAACACAAACAUUGACUCCAACACAUUCACCAAAGAAUAGAGUUCUCUCUGCUAUGGCAAAACUAGAUUUCUCUGAUCAAAACAAUACAAGUGCUAAAAAGAAAGAUUUUGUAGAGAAAUUAUUCAUGGGGACACUGAUGUUAAGAACAAAAUGUACAGAGUGUGAAUUUUCUCGAGAGAAGAUAGAGGAGUUUCAUGAUAUUAGUGUUGCUGUUCGAAAAGAAAAUAUUGAGACGAGUGAUGAUGAAGAUGAUGCUAAAGAGGAAAACUGUCAAUCAGAUGAUGAAGAAGAUGAUAAAGAUCCAUCAUUACCAAAGCUACUGGAGUCAUUCUGUGAAGUAGAAAGAUUAAAGGGAGAUAACAAGUAUUUCUGUGACAAAUGUCAACACCAUGUUGAGGCUGAAAGAUCACUACAUUAUAAUGUCCUACCUGAUGUACUAUCAGUUCAUCUUAAAAGAUUUUCUACAGCAUCAGGGAUAUUUGGCUAUAUGUCUAAGAUAAAUGACCAUGUAAGGAUACCACUAUCCUUGCCUUGUCUAAGACACAAAUGUCCCAGUCCAUGUAGUAGAUCUGAUCAUAGGUACAGAUUAUAUGGCUUGAUAGCCCAUGCAGGAGUGACAUUGACCUCAGGACAUUAUCUGACAUACGUCCGUGUAUUUCAUUCUGUACAAGAAUCAUCAGGAUCUCAGGAUUAUUCCUCUCCAUCCAGCUCCAAAUCUCCAGCCUUAAAUAGGAGCACCCUUACUUCAUACAACUCUCAGUCACAGAGAGCUUUGUCAGAGUCACCCCGUGGAGACAAUCUGUCAAAGUUUGUCAAGAUUCCAUCUCAGAAGUAUGAGAAUUGUUGGCUACAAUGUGAUGAUGAAUCGGUUAAAGUUUACUCUGAAGACAAAUUCUGCAGUAUGUUACAAGAUGGAUCUCUGCUAGGGACCCCAUAUGUUCUGUUUUAUCACAAACAAAACAGAGUUAAGAUCAGUUAGGAGAGCCAAAAUACACAUACUUUGCAAAGACUAGAUUGUUUUGACAAUAGCAGCAAUAUUUUUGUCAAAACUUUAUAGAAAAAAACAUUUUAGUUGUAGAUGCAUAAAAUGUACUGUCCGAAUAGACUUGUGUUUAUGAUGUUUAAGUCUUUAAUAAUAUUUGCUAGUAGACCUAGUUCAAUUGAGUGAACUGAAAUAAUUGUACAAGAAAGUAACAUUAAUCAAACUAAGUUGAAGCCAAACAUGUUCUAUUAUAUGUAAGAUUAAGUGCCAUUUUUGUCUCAGGAUCAGACAUAAGGCAUGAUAUCAUUUUGAAACCAGUUCAAAACCAUUGUUUUAUAUACUGUAACAUUACUUUAAUCUUUUGGGAAUAUUUCUGUAGAAAAUUAGAAUAGAGUUUAAAACAACACAUACUACAUGUACUAUUUAGACAGUAAUUUCAAUAUCAAAUUCAGCCAAGAGAUGUAAAAAAGGGAAAAACAUUCAUUGUUGUUCAUACUUAUUCAUCGUAUGAUUAAAUUUAUGAUAGAUCCUAAAUGGUAUAUUUUGCGGUAACUACAACUUCCUAUUUCAAACAUUUUUAAAAGCAAAUUGAGGAAUUAAAUUUCACUAUUGGUAAGAAGAAGUUCGUUUAAUUCAUUUUCUUCAAAAUGAGCUAAAACAUUGCUGAUAUAUUAUUGGCUCUCAAAUCUUUUUAUAUGUAGUCCAGUCAAUCUAAGUAAUUGCAACAGAAGAUUUUUAAGUUUUAAUCUUUAGCAUUAUAUCCUAAAAAUAUACACAGAAAGAAAUCCCAUAAAAAGUAACUUGAAGAAAACUAAAGAAUCAUGAUUUUAAAAUUCAAUGGAGAUUUGUAUAGAUAUGGGAGAUAACUCUGCAAAAAAGGCAGAAAUAUCAAUAAAAGUUGAUACAAAAUGAUAACUUAAUCGCUUCUAUUCAACAGAAUGUAUUGAUUCUUGAUAUUUUAGCCGUCUUUAGAGUAUAACAAACAACUCGAAAGGUGUUUUUAUAUCUUUUAUCAAGCUACAACCUAGAUUUCAUAAUUCAUUAGUUGACCAUUCAUUAUUCAUUAUAUUUUUCAGCAUGUCAAGGUAAAGAAUCUCGAAUUGAAUAAAACUAAUUAAGCAUGUAUUGUUCUGUUUGUGGUUUAAAUUUCUAUAAACUAGGUAGAUGCUGAAAAUAUAUAAAUUACAGAUAUAAACAAUACCAAAUAUUCACAUAUUUUUUUCAAAACAGUCACAAAGCAAUAAAUUUGCAAUUUCUUUAAUGAAAAUGUGCUCAAAAAAAUAAAAAUACCCAUAACACUUCGGUUUUGUACAUUUCAUGAGUACAAAAUUAUAUAAUAUAGUCAAAUACCAACUUAUAACCCCAUCAAAGUAUCAUAUUUUACAUGAAAUUUAAGAAAAUCAUCUAUGAAAAAAAGACAUUUCUUUCCACGGUUAAUUUCCAUAAGAAAUUAGAAAUGCUGAUUUUGAGUUUUCCCCAAGUAAGUUUUUAUGGGACUUUUUUGUGUGUAUAUUUGGUACUUAAUGCUAUAGAUUAGAACUAAAACAUUUUCUGUUGCAGUUAGUUUGAGGUUCAAACUUAGUUUGACUGGACUAAUGAUAGUUCAAUCUCAUUUGAAUCCAUAUUUAUGUGACCUUAUUGUGACACUAAUGACUUAUACAGAGAUGUGUCAAACAAUGAUAUACUAUUUUUCCAAUCCAUGACAUGAAAUCAGGCAGACCCAGGAAAAUGUUAUUUACUACUGCACAUGUUUAUAUCAUUCUUCAGAAGUCAUCUUGAUGGCUAAUCCAUUGUAAAUAGAUUGCAGCUCGUCUUAAAGUCAGGUUAAAGUAAACUUAAAUGGUGUUCAAAAUUGAAAUUUUUCAUUUUUUUUUUUUAUCAUUUCUAUGCUCAUGAUCAGUGAACCAUGACAUUUGCUUCAAAACCAUUAUUUGGUAUACAAUUUAAAAAAUUUCUUUUCAUCAUAAUGAAAAUGUUCAAGUAGUUUCAAGUUGAUCAGGUUAAACUCCUGGUACCUUUAAGUUUUCCAUAAACAUUAUCCUGAUAAAACUUCAGAACAAGCUGAAGUAGAUAUGACUAGGCAUAAAAACACAAAGCCCCCUUCCCUGCUUCUGUAGGCUAGGUAUUAAAAUUGUAUAUUGAUUAAAAAAAUAACCAAUAUUGGAAGAUUUCUUUUAGAAUUAAGAUUGGAUGACUAUGCAUGGUUCAAAAUUAUCAAUACAUGUUAAUGGUUCAAACCAAAAUAAAAUUCACUGAAAAACUGAACCAAACAAGAUACUUUUAAUCAGAUUAUGUUAGUAUUAUACAGUAGUAAUUUUUUAUGUGGUAUGGGCUUUGUUAAUUUUUGAAGGCUGUACAGUAACCUUUACUUUUUAGCUUCUACAUCAUUUGGUUUCUGUUGGAGGGUUGGCUCAUUGAAUAUCGUACCACAGAUUAUUUUUAUGAAGAUACUAUUUACAGACUCUCUGAAACCUCUGGUUUUGUUUAGUAUUUAGAUGUGUGAUAUAGGGGUCAUGUUUUAACUCUGUUUGUGUUUGUUGAUGUUUUUAAAAAACAUGUAGCUGUAGUUGUAUACUGUAUGAUGACUCUAUAUCCAAAACCAUUUAGUAAUUAUCUUUUUCAUUUGUAUUGAUGAAUUGAUUUAACUGAUAUCUUGUUUCCAAUCUGAAGUUGGUGAAAAGAUAUUUGUGUCAAAUAAAGAUGUAAUUAUUUGAAAAAAAUGUCCUAACUAAAUUCUGGCCUUUGAUUAUUUAUUGCAUUGUUUUUUUUUUUAUUUCUUUGAUGCAAACCACUUUUCAUAAUUUAAAAUCAUAUAAAGCGUUUAUCAAUAUGAAUCACUAUCAUCCUGUAUAUAAUGUAAUCUAGAUCUGAUAUAUUGUAUCACAUUAAAAUAUAAAUCAGAAGCAAUAAACAUUAAAUUUGUCAGUUA